AUGCUGUCGAGAUCAGCCAAAUCCGACAAACUUAAACGGCUCCGUGAGGCACGGCGUACCGGCCGCAUUGCUGCCGACUCGUCGGACGAAGAUGCCGCCAUUUACGAUGAGGUGGACGAAGAUACUUUCAGAAAACAUAAACGUGAUCAACUUAUGAACGACGACUUUAUUGUGGAUGAUAACGGCGAAGGUUACGUGGACAACGGUGUGGACGAGUGGGACGACUCCACCAGACCCAACUACUACUCCGAUGAGGAAGAGCCAGCUCGCAAGAAAAAGAAAAAUGCUGCUCCCAAGAAGGUGGCUAAGGUGAUCAAAACGGCUGACAUCAACAGCUUUUUUGCGCCCAGCACUGGCCCACGGCCCGCCACCAAGCCAGUUGCCGCGGCCAACACGUCCAUUGACGACAUCUUGGACGAUUUCGACGUGAAGAACCUGGCUCGCAAGCUGCAGUUUGGAAGUACUGUGAAGACCAAGAAGAAGUUAGCCAACUCUGGCUUCAGCUUCUCCACGAGCGCAAAGCGUAUCAAGAGUGAAAAAUUGGUCAAGAAAUCCGAAACCCCAAUUAUGGACUCGUUCGAUAUGGACAUGGACGAGUCUGUAGAUGAAGUUCCAGGGUCAGAAGAUGCAGUUAGAAACCGUGGCUCUGGUACUGGAACUGACUACGAAAUAACUCCAGAAGCUGAAAGUGCAGCAAUCAAGACAGAAAUCACGAAUGAAGCUCUGAAGGAGGAGUCUGAAAGUGACGACGACGAUGUGGUCGUCAGAAGAAGACCCAGAACAUCUGCUCCUGUCCGUGAAACUGUCGCCACAAUCUCCACCGUGAAAGCAGCAGACCUUCCUUCGUCGUCUCCUGUGAAGUACCUGUCUAUCUCUUACACAGAGAAACUUGACUCGGCCACAGUGGGUGAUUCGGACUCUUUUAAGAUGUUCUGGCUCGACUACGCCGAAGCAGACAGCUCACUUCUUCUAUUUGGUAAGGUCUUGACCAAAGAGGGCAAAUUGGUCUCCGUUGUGGUGCAAAUCAACGGAAUGGACCGUGAACUUUACGUCCUUCCACGCGCUUUCCGCCAAGUAGACGGUGAAGACACCGACCAGAAGGUGUCGCCAAUGGACGUCCACGAGGAGAUCGCUCCUAUCCUCAUGGAGAAUUACGGUCUAGAUCGUCUCAGGGCUAAGCCCGAAACAAAGAAAUAUGCAUUCGAGUUGCCUGGAGUGCCUAAAGAUGGUGAAUACCUCAAGAUCCUCUUGCCCUUCAAAGCUCCAAAGAACAGACAUUUGGUGAUGCCUUCCGAGCUUGAGGGAGAAACCUUCCAGCGUAUUUUUGGAACUAACGCCAACAUUUUUGAAUCGUUUGUCUUGCAGAGAAAUAUCAUGGGCCCAUGCUGGUUGGAAAUCAAGAAUGCUGACUUCAAUGCUAUCCAAAAUGCUUCUCACUGUCAAGUUGAAGUGGCAGUUUCCUCUGCAUCUUGCAUUUCGCCAAUUAUCAACUCGAACCUUGCUCCUCCUAGCUUGAACACCAUGGCCAUCUCCGUUCAGACAAUAAUGAAUACCAAAGCAAACAAGCAAGAGGUCGCUUGUAUCACAAUCGCUACAUACAGAGAUCUUCCACAGGAUUCCCCUAUCGAUGAAGACCUCCAGCCAGAUGAUUUGGUCACUUUGGUCCGCCCUAUUGGUGCUGUGGGUUUUCCCCCUGGAGUCCAGCAAGCUGCUCAAAAAUCAAACUUAUCCUUGAGAACACUACCCAGCGAAGCCUCCAUGCUCGGAUGCUUGGCUGCGCUCGUCAAGAAUGCAGACCCAGAUGUGCUCGUUGGUCACAGAUUGGAGAACAUUUCCUUGGAUGUUUUGGUCCACAGAAUGCAUGACUUAAGAGUGGCUACGUGGUCUGCUAUGGGGCGUAGAAACAGAAAGGCAUGGCCCGAUAAGUUUGGAAAAGGUAACGGCUUCAAUAACAACUUGCUCAUCCGAGAGAUUUUCCAGGGUCGUCUUCUAUGCGAUAUUGCUAACGAGUUGGGACAAUCGUUGACUCCGAAGUGUCAGUCUUGGGACUUACCAGAAAUGUACAAUGUUGUUUGUCACAAGCAGCACAGUGCCAUGGAGAUCAACUUCCAAAACCCACGAUAUGCCGAGGAUGCAUCAUUUUUGUUGAUGCCCUUGAAAGAGAAUGUCUCUCAAGUGUUGAUUUCUGCAAAAAUCGCUUUUGCUCUCCAAAUUUUGUCGCUUUCCAAGCAGUUGACUAAUUUGGCUGGUAACGCUUGGUCCCACACUUUGAGUGGAACAAGAGCUGGUCGUAACGAGUAUAUUUUGUUGCACGAGUUUAACAGAAACAACUACAUUGUUCCUGACAAAGAAGACAGAUUUCACAAGAAUACUAGCUAUCAACAAGAAGCUAGACUCGAGGCUAAUGAAGAUGAUGCUACCACUGUCACUUCGAAUAAGAAACCAAAGUACCAGGGUGGAUUGGUUUUUGAGCCCGAGAAAGGUUUGCAUAAGAACUUCAUCUUGGUUAUGGAUUUCAAUUCGUUGUAUCCAAGUAUCAUUCAAGAGUUCAAUAUCUGUUUCACCACUGUGGAAAGAGACUCAUACAACAUCAGUCAUGACGAGGAAAGAGACUUGCCUAGCAUUCCAGAACGUGAUUCGGAAGCGGGUGUCUUGCCAAGAUUGUUAAACACUUUGGUGUCUAGACGUCGCGAGGUCAAGAAGUUAUUAAAGAACCCAAAGAUCACCCCAGAAGAGCGUGCUCAAUACGAUAUUAAACAACAGGCAUUGAAGUUGACAGCCAACUCCAUGUAUGGAUGUUUGGGUUACGUGAAUUCACGUUUCUAUGCAAAGCCUUUGGCAAUGUUGGUCACGAACAAAGGUAGAGAGAUUUUGAUGGAUACGAGACAAUUGGCAGAGCUGAUUGGAUUACGUGUUGUCUAUGGUGAUACAGAUUCUGUCAUGAUUGAUACUGGUGUUGUCACUUUGGCUGAAGCUUUAAAGAUUGGUGAGGAGUUUAAGGUUCAAGUCAAUGAACGUUAUAAGUUAUUGGAAAUUGAUACUGAUAACGUUUUCAAGAGACUUCUUUUGCACGCCAAGAAGAAGUAUGCUGCCAUGAACAUUUCUUUAGAUAGAAGGACUGGAAAGGAAGUUACCGCUUUGGAAGUCAAGGGUCUCGAUAUGAGACGUCGUGAAUACUGCCCACUUUCCAAAGAAGUAUCGACUUUUGUGUUGGAGAAAUUGCUUUCCGAUAUUGAUCCUGAGCAGGCGCUUUCAGAAAUUUACGAAAAUUUGGAAGCCGUGAAUACCAAGGUCAAGAACAAUGAGUAUUCAGUGGACAAAUAUCAGAUAAACACUCGUUUAUCCAAGGACCCCAACAAUUAUCCAAACGGAAAGACGAUGCCUCCAGUUCAAGUUGCUCUUCGUUUGAGAAAGCAGGGUAAGGUUGUGAAAGCUGGAAGUGUCAUCACUUUUGCCAUCACUGCCCCAGAGAAAGGAGAUACUACUUCCAAUCCCGCAGAGAGAGCUCGUGCCAUUCAGGAAGUUUUGGGUAAUAAGAGUAACUUCAAACCUGACAGCGACUACUAUUUGGAGAAGCAGAUCUAUGCCCCAGUCGAGAGACUUGUGAACAGAAUUGAAGGGAUUGACAUGAUGAGAGUGGCAACGGCAUUAGGAAUUGAUACCAGAAAGUAUGUGAUGAGGCUCCGUAACACUGAGGAGAAUGAUAUCUCUCCAUUGGAGUCCAAUAUCACCGAUAUCGAGCGUUUCCGUCAAUCAAGUUAUUUGGUGUUGGAAUGUAAGUGUGGGGCGAAAUUCCGCUUUGGUGGACUUCUUGCAUCAAAGGACUACAAAAUCACGUUCAACGGAGUUUGUUGCUCCAAAUGUGAUUAUGUCUUCCCAUGUUUGAAAUUGACCUCUCAGCUUGAGAGUAUGAUCAGGAAACACUUAGCACUUUACUAUGCUGGCUGGGUUGUCUGUGACGAUUCUGCCUGUGGAGUCAAAACCAGACAGAUUUCUGUCUACGGAAAGAGAUGUAUUGGGUCUUCUGGAAAAGCCCACGGUUGCAAAGGUGUUAUGAGAUACAAGUACACCGACAAGGCACUUUACAACCAACUUCUUUACUUUGAUGCCAUCUUCGAUGUGGACAAGGCAAAGAGUAAUAAGUUGCGUCCAGUGAGUGAUAGUGCACUCGAGAAUUUGAGCGAGGGUCAAUUGAAUGCGUUGGCAGAGCAGAACAGAGCGUUGUUUGGAAAUUGCAGAGAAGUUGUUGACCGGUACUUAAAGGACUGUGGCCGGCGUUACGUGAAUAUGAAGGCCAUUUUUGAGUUUAUGGCUUGA